GAGAGACACACACACAUUCACAGCUCGAUAAGGCGAAGGAGAGAGAGAGAGAGAGACUAUCGUCCACAAAGGCCGAAGAGACCAGAGAGUUCUUUGUCUCUCCACAGAUCGGACUACAACCUGCAAUGGGGAUAGAAGUUACAGAUAUUUGUAUGGACAAGGAGCCAGAUUGUGUCAUAGUUUAUUCAAAUGGUGUUUCCCACGAUUCAAAUAGUGAAACUGCUCCCAAUCAGCAUGAUGGUUCAGAGUCGGAUGAGCAUAUUAAUGAGGGUCCUGAAAUCCAAAGUUCAGAAGAGAGCACUGAAGCAAAGGAAUAUGAAGUGAAGGAAUGUACCAAUGAAAUUUCAGUUGAGGUAUCUGAACUCUGUCAUAAUGAGAAAUAUAAGGAAGAGCAGAAUGUAGUAGACUCACACUUCAAAGCUGGCCUGCCUGAGGAAAAGGUAAAAUCAGAAAGCCAGAAGAAAAAGGACAAUAAUAAGUCACGGGGUUCUAUCAAACAAGCAUCUAGAACUGUUGCUGCAAAUGUUCAAACAAAACAUACCGUUCCACAGCCCUUUGCCCUAGCAACUGAAAAGCGUGCCUCAUGUGGAACUCGUCCUGCUGGUGCUCAACCUGAUACCAGCACUGGUGUGAAUAAAUCGCAUAAUGCAAACAAUAGGCGACAUCCAAAUACCACAAAGCCCAAUCAGAAAAUAUCACAAAAUGCAUUGAGGAAGCCACUGCAACCAGAUAACAAGAAGCAUCCUGAUGAAGAAGAUUCCUGCUCUGUUGCUUCCUCCACUGCAGUGUCUGCACGUGCAAUUAACUCCGGGGCAACUGUUGCAGCAGCUCCAGUGUUUAGGUGCACUGAACGUGCAGAGAAACGGAAGGAGUUUUAUUCAAAAUUAGAGGAGAAACAACAAGCCUUGGAGGCUGAGAAAACUCAAAGUGAAGCAAGGACAAAGGAAGAGAAAGAGGCAGCUAUUAAACAACUGAGGAAGAGUUUAAUGUUUAAGGCAAGCCCAAUGCCAAGCUUCUACAAUGAGGGACCUCCACCUAAGACUGAACUUAAGAAGCUGCCACCAACUCGUGCAAGAUCGCCAAAGCUGGGCAGAAGGAAGAGCUGUAGUGAUGCAGUCAAUUCAUCCCAGCGAGACAAGGUGAAAGGAGCUGGUGGUCUGGGAAAUCGCCGGAGUCUUGGUAUUUACAAAGAGGGGACUACCGCCAAUGGUUCCAGCAUUAUCAAGGAUCAAAGCAACAUCCAGAAUGGUAAUGCCAAUUACAAAUUCAAAGAUGAAUCUAAAGAAGCAGAAGAGAUAAGCAAGUCAAUUGUGACCAAGGUAAAUGGUCAGGGGAACAUGGACAUUGAAGUCCAUUCUUGAGUUUCUGGUGAGUUUUCUAAUUUAUAAGAGGAAAUGGGUCUUCCUUUUCUCAAGUUUUAUUGUGACUGCUCUCAAAAAUAUAUGUAAGUUAUUUCCCUUAACUUGCAAGGACUUGUUGCAGGGCUUUAUUUAAUGUAUGAUGUAUAAAUUCUGUAAGUUAUGUAUAAAAGUAUUCAUCUUUGUAAAAACUCUUGAAUUUUUAUUUGCCAUAUUGGAAACGGAAGUGUUUUUGUAUAGGCCCCAU